UGCUGACAUCAGUCGAGUCGGUGACGUUCUGCCUUCCUUUCACCACUCCCGCCUGGGAGAGGCGAGGGGUCACGCCUGAAAGCGGGGCCGUUACACGCGUGGAGGCAGAGCGAGAUGAGUAAAACCGAAUUACAGAACCGGUUCUCUGUCGCGUGAUAAACAAUGGCACAAGUUAAGAUGCAGACGACAGCAAACCUGUCCGGCCCUCCCAUGUCCCCCAUGGUGCUACCCCUGCCAGUUACAGCCGCAAACACGCUGGGCCUGCCUGCCGCCAUGAAUGGAUCCAUUCCGGAAUCGGCUGCCAGCUGCAGCAGUCCCACUGCUGGCCUUGCAGACCCUGCACCCGCCAGCAACCCACCAGCUCCUCUACAAGAUAACAUGGCAAACCCCAAAGAGAAAACUCCAAUGUGUCUGGUAAAUGAGUUAGCCCGUUUCAAUAGAAUUCAACCCCAGUAUAAGCUUCUGAAUGAAAGAGGGCCUGCUCAUGCCAAGAUGUUCACAGUGCAGCUGACUCUUGGAGAACAGACAUGGGAAGCUGAAGGAAGCAGUAUUAAAAAGGCCCAGCAUGCUGCUGCUAGCAAAGCUUUGAAUGAAACUACCCUUCCCAAACCAACUCCUAGACCACCCAAAAAUAACGUUAACAAUAAUCCAGGCAGUAUAACUCCAACAGUGGAGCUGAACGGUCUGGCUAUGAAAAGAGGAGAGCCUGCCAUCUACAGGCCAUUAGAUCCAAAGCCAAUCCCCAAUUAUAGAGCAAAUUAUAAUUUUCGGGGCAUGUACAAUCAGAGGUAUCACUGCCCAGUGCCUAAAAUUUUCUAUGUCCAGUUAACUGUUGGCAACAGUGAGUUUUUUGGUGAAGGAAAGACUCGCCAAGCUGCUAGACAUAAUGCUGCAAUGAAGGCCCUACAAGCUCUCCAGAAUGAGCCUAUUCCAGAAAAAAUACCUCAGAAUGGAGAAACAGGAAAAGAAACAGAAGAAGAUAAAGAUGCAAACAAGUCUGAGAUCAGUGUUGUGUUUGAAAUUGCUUUAAAGCGCAAUAUACCCGUCAGUUUUGAGGUGAUAAAAGAAAGUGGACCUCCUCACAUGAAGAGCUUUGUCACGCGAGUUACAGUAGGAGAAUUCACUGCAGAAGGAGAAGGGAACAGUAAGAAGCUCUCAAAGAAACGUGCUGCAAUGUCUGUCCUACAAGAGCUGAAGAAGCUUCCUCCUCUUCCUGUGAUUGAAAAGCCAAAACUGUACUUCAAAAAACGUCCAAAAACAAUAUUGAAGACUGGACCAGAAUAUGGUCAAGGAAUGAAUCCUAUCAGUCGUCUGGCACAGAUCCAACAGGCCAAAAAGGAGAAGGAGCCAGAGUAUGUUCUUCUUUCAGAGAGAGGGAUGCCUCGCCGUCGAGAGUUUGUUAUGCAGGUAAAAGUAGGCAAUGAGAUUACAACUGGAACAGGCCCAAACAAGAAAAUAGCUAAAAGAAAUGCAGCAGAAGCAAUGUUGCUACAGCUGGGUUACAAAGCCUCUACUCCUCUUCAAGACCAGCCAGAAAAGCUUGGAGAAAACAAGAGUUGGAACGGACAGAAUGUUGGGUUUCCUGAGCCAACAAGUAGCACACCAAAGGGAAUACUCCAUCUCUCUCCUGAUGUUUAUCAAGAGAUGGAAGCAAGCCGCAACAAAUCAGCCCCUGGUACCACUGUAAGCUAUUUGUCACCCAAAGAAAUGAGCCAGACUUCUAGCUCUUUCUUCAGCAUAUCUCCUACAACAAAUAGCACAGCUACAAUUGCCAGGGAACUUCUCAUGAAUGGAACAUCCCCGACUGCCGAAGCCAUAGGUCUAAAAGGAAUAUCUCCUGCUUCCCCCUGUUCUGCAGUGCAGCCUUCAAAACAGCUGGAGUAUUUGGCAAGGAUUCAAGGCUUUCAGGUACACUACAGUGAUAGACAAAAUGGCAAAGAGUGUAUGACCUGUUUGACACUGUCUCCCGUGCAGAUGACUUUCCAAGGUAUCGGAAGCUCCAUUGAAGCCAGCCAUGACCAGGCAGCAUUAAGUGCCUUGAAACAGUUUUCAGAACAAGGACUGGAUCCAGUGGAAGGGGCUAUGAAAGUUGAAAAUGGAUCACUUGAAAAACAAGUCAAGCAUCUGGGAGAGAAAGCAGACAAUAAACAGACUAACUCAGGCACCAUUGCUCAGGACUGCAAGGAUUCAAAGGCUGUCGUCUAGGAGCUUCCCAGCACCCACGGCUGCCACUGCAUCCUUAUAAACCUGUCAACACGCAAUAGGGUGUAUGUGUACAAGGAAAUGAAUGACUAAUACCAUUAUUUGAGUCUUAUGUGAAGACAACACUAUUCUAACACAAGAGAUAGUAUACAUGGUACUGUUUAUUCAACUGUGGAAAAAAACAAAAUUGAACAUUUCCCUUAGAACUUGAGAUCAGAGCAUAACUCAAUUGCCCAGAGGCAGAAGAAAUCUGAUCAUGUUACUGGAGGUUAAAACAACAUCUAAUUAACAAAAGUGUUAGAAAAAAAAAAAGGUAAACUUUAAAAUUGAUUAAUACUGAGGAAAACAAGUCAGCAUUGUUUCAGUUAUACGAUUUUUCGUAGUGUAGUUUUAAGUUCAGCUUACUGUUUUUUAAAUAAUGCUUGAAUAUUUUAAAAUUAACCAAUGACAGUGCUGUGAGAAUUGUAGUUGUUGUCUUCAUAUAUAGUCAUACAGCUUACCUUUUUAUGCAGACAUUAUGCAUUCUUCAUUCUAUAUGAAUAUGUAUGACUUUAAGAUGCACUACUCAGAGUUGUAUGCAAACAGAAGUUUAAAUCAUGACAAGUAUUUGCUUAACUUGAACAGAUGUUAGUUAUGAUCAGUCUCAAUAUACUCCAGGAAAAAGCAAAUAUGGUAUUUGAUUUUCCUUGCCAUAAUCAAUUAAAGAGGCGUCUUGCCUCCAGGCGACAUGCUCCCCUUCAAUUCUGCUCUCUGUUGUGUGAAGCACAUCUACACCCCAUUCUGUGUGUUGUAUCAGCCCACCGUUUGCAUCAACUGGGUGUUUUUAACUUCUGCAUUCUGACCAACAGCAAAAGGUAGGAUUGCAACCUUAUCAAGCCAAGGUAGGAAAACCGUUGAUGUAGAGAUCAUUCUUUUGUGAAAGGAGCAGCAGCAGAGAUAAGACCUGUGGCUGCGCUCUGUACCAGCAUAUUUCGUUUCAGUGUGUGGCCAAAUGCAGUAAAACCACGUCAGUUCAUGUGCACAAUGACAGUGUCGUCUCUUUCUUUACCAUUGACAGGUAGACAGCUGAAUGAAUGGGUUGAAAUAACAGCACAAAAAGCAAUUACAAACAAAUGAAGGACUGGCUACCAUGCCAAAGCCUGGGUUCAGUCUUCCCUUCCCCAUGCCACCGCCUUCUACAAACCUACUGUGUUAGAGCAGCGGACCUGGCAUGUAUGUCAUUUAUUUGUCCAAAACAACUAUUUUAUUUUUAUAAACCUCUUGCAAUAAACACAUAAAGCAACUGC